CUUUGACUGAACUAUAGCACAGGAGUUUAGGCUCCAUUCUCCAGCAUACUUUCGUUUUCUGAUUCCCAUCUAGAACUUUCCAGCUAGCUAGCUAGCCUCUGCUUGUUCUCUCACUGACAACACUUCUAGCCCCAUGGCAACCGAACGGCAAGUAUAUAAACUACAUUUUCGAGUAUUUUGUCGGAAAUAUUUCCUUGUUCAAGAGGCUAACGUUAGCUUUGUUUUUGUCGUUUUAGCAGUUUCCCGGAUAGCUUCAUAGACGAGAACCCACAGAAAGCUAUCGAGGUAAAACAACGGCUAGCUGGCUGUCAAAUUAGAAAGGAAAAUAUGAACUCGUUUUAUUGAAAGUCAAUUGCAUUAUUCUCGCUAGCUAAAAUUGUCAGGGGGGUUGAAAUGUUUUCAAUAACGCUAACUAGCUAGAUAGCUAACUAUAAACUUUUCGGAGCUGGCUAACUAGCUAGUGUAGGGCUAACUUUAGAAACUAACCUAACGAGAUAGCUAGUUAAGUUAGCCACACCACUACCAAACUAUUUUGGUCUGAAAGGACUUACUCUCAGUUGUUGCUCAACUCCAGCAGUAGUGAUAGCUAGCUAUAUGUGUACCGUCACAGUAAUUAGUUAGCUUCUUGGUUGUAUCUUGUUGUUGUACUAGCUAGCUAGUUAAGCUAACUGGCUAACCACCUGCCAUACAUCAAACAUGUCUUGAUUGUAGAUACCUAACUAACCACCUUACUAAUGUAAGAUAAGAUUUUGUGCAGAAAGCCAAGUUAAAUAGUUGGGAACAUGAAAAUGUAUCGAAACAAUAGUUAACCUUAGCUAGUGGUCAUAAACAUAUUUUUUCAAUGUCUUGUCAAUUCAAUUGACCCCAAGUUUGCCCAUUUGAUGUCACCGUCAUUUCCCCCCAGGAACUUAAUGAAGCAUUGGAAGUAAACUCUGACAAUUCAGAAUGGUUCUGCCAACGAGCCUAUGCCCACCUCCAACUGAAAAACUACAGCUGUAAGUCUCUUAUCCUAACCCCCAACAUCUUACCCAAACAAUCCUAACCCUCUACCUGGAAAAACUGCUAUCAGCCAGACCCUAACCUUGAUCCUCCAUUGACAAACUACAGCUCUAACCCUUGACUAACCUCCUACCUAGCUUUACUGAUGUUCAGAAUGGGUGAUUUGUAUAAUUAUUUUAAUUGAAGUGACUCAUGUUAGUUCCCUUUUUUUUGUCUUUGCUACAGAAACUUGAGCUAUGUUUCUCAUCUGAGUAUGUCUGUUUCUGUCUCUACAGGUGCUGUCGAUGAUGCCAAGAGAGCCCAGCAGCUCAACCCCAGUCUUCCUCUUGCCUUCAUGAGAACAGGGUAGACUCACCUUCUCUCUCUCUCUCUGUGUGUGUGUCCAUCACAGGAGGUUGGUGGCACCUUAAUUGGGGAGGACAGGCUCGUGGUAAUGGCUGGAGCGGAAUAGGUGGUAUGGUUUCUAUGUAUUUGAUGCCAUUCCAUUUGCGCCGUUCCAGACAUUAUAAUGAGCCGUCCUCCCCUCAGCAGCCUCCACUGUCCAUGUAGCCAUUCCCCUUGCCUUCAUGAGAGCAGGGUAUGUGUACAGAUUGAGUCUACCUAGGACAUGGUGAUAUUGCCUAAAAAUGUCAACUUUUUUUUAAAACUUAUGGGCGAUUCACAAUAUAUAUUUCCAAAAUUGUUAUUUUUUUCUAAAUAAGCCUUGUUGCACAAUUAAAUGUCAAUAUGCUGCAUUUCAAACAGUCAGGAAUAAUCUAAUGAAUUCGGGGCUUGUAAAACUAUACCUAGGCUAACCAUAAGACCCACUACCAGGCUGCUAGGUAGCCUAACGGUUAGUGUUGGGCCAUAACCGAAAGGUUGCUGGUUCGAAUACCCGAGCCGGCAAGGUGAAAAAUCUGUGUCCUCGAGCAAGGCAUUUAACCCUCAUUUGCUCCAGGGGCGCCGUACUACUAUGGCUGACCCAGUAAAAAAUAAUAAUCGCUGCACCUAUUCAGUGUAUGUGACAAUAAAGCAUAUAUGUAUAUAUCUCAAAAUGGUUUAACCUGCUUUUUUGCAAUAAUCACUGACCUGUCUUUCAAGUCUAUGAAAAUGCCCUUUUUGGUUACAAAUUUAACCAGAACCAUGCAUAAUGCACAUCCACUAAUAACGACUUACUUCUGGUAGCAGACAUUAUUAUUGUGAGUGGCAGGGGGGGGGAGGUGCACAGUGCACACAGCACAGAAGGAGCAAAGUAGAUGAGACCAAAAAGACAAACGCUCAUAGAAACCAAAAAAUAUUAAAACCUUUUUUCAUGUCUUUUCUUAUCAGAUGAAUGAUAAUGACAAGGAGAAGUAAUCAACAUUUUAAAAUGAAUAGAUUCGGUAGAUAGUUAUUUUGACAUCCCCACAUUAUAAUUGAAAGAAAAAGUGUAAACUCUAAUAUAUUACAUUUACAUUUUUGUCAUUUAGCAGACGCUCUUAUCCAGAGCGACUUACAGGAGCAAGUAGGGUUAAGUGCCUUGCUCAAGGGCACAUCGACAGAUUUUUCACCUAGUCGGCUCGGGGAUUAGAACCAGCGACCUUUCGGUUACUGGCACAACUCUCUUAACCACUAAGCUACCUGCCGCCCAAUAUAGCCUAUUAGCUAGAAAGGUAACUCCAAACACAUUUUCGCUAAGUGCAGCUGUUUACCUUGUUAAAGUUUAGCCAUGUGUUGGCAAAAAUUUGUGUCAGAGUCAAGAAAGCUUACCAGCAGCCAGCGGCACUUGCCGCAGUGGUAGCUUAUUCGUGUGUGCUUUUUCAAAGCCAGUCUCAGAUACUCCAGUGAGUGUAGUUGGCUACAAUGAAUGUAAUUUGCUCAAUAUUAAUAGUUGAGAAAUGAAUUUCACCCCAUUCGAACGAUAUUCUCUUUUUUACUCUAGGUACGUUAUACAAAUGUUUUUUUCUGUUGCUAGGGAUAUUAAUAAAAACAUUAAAAUAAAAAAGUAACUUUAUACAGUGCAUUCGGAAAGUAUUCAGAUCCCUUGACUUUCCACAUUUUGUUACGUUACAGCCUUAUUCUAAAAUGUAUUAAUCCUCACCAAUCUACACACAAUACCCCAUAAUGACAAAGCGAAAAAAGUUUUUUAGAAAGUUUUUGCAAAUUUAUUUUAAAAAAACAACAACUUAAACCUUAUUUACAUAAGUAUUCAUAACCUUUACUAUGAGACUUGAAAUUGAGUUCAGGUGCAUCCUGUUAACAUUGAUUAUCCUUGAUGUUUCUACAACCAGUCCACCUGUGGUAAUUUCAAUUGAUUGGACAUGAUUUGGAAAGGGACACAUCUGUCUAUGUAAGGUCCCACAGUCGACAGGGGAUGUCAGAGCAAAAACCAGAGGUCGGAGGAAUUGUCCGUAGAGUUCCGAGACAUGGUUGUUAAACAAGUGUUAAACAAAUCAAAAUAUAUUUGAGAUUCUUCAAAGUAGCCACCCUUUGCCUUGAUGACAGCUUUGCACACUCUUGGCAUUCUCUCAACCAGCUUCAUGAGGAAUGCUUUUCCAACAGUCUAGAAGGAGUUCCCACAUAUGCUAAGCACUUGUUGGCUGCUUUUCCUUCACUCUGCUGCCCAACACAUCCCAAACCAUCUCAAUUGGGUUGAGGUCGGGUGAUUUUGGAGGCCAGGUCAUCUGAUGCAGCACUCCAUCACUCUCCUUGGUCAGAUAGCCCUUACACAGCCUGGAGGUGUGUUUUGGGUCAUUGUCCUGUUGAAAAACAAACAAUAGGAACACUAAGCCCAAACCAGAUGGGAUGGUGUAUCGCUGCAGAAUGCUGUGGUAGCCAUGCUGGUUAACUGUGCCUUGAAUUCUAAAUAAAUCACAGACAGUGUCACCAGCAAAGCACUGUCACACCACCUCCAUGCUUCACGGUGGUAACCACACAUGCAGAGAUCAUCCGUUCACCUACUCUGCGUCUCACAAAGAACCAAAAAUCAAAAAGUUGCACUCAUCAGACCAAAGGACAGAUUUCCACCAGUCUAAUGUCCAUUGCUCGUGUUGCUUGGCCCAAGCAAGUCUCCUCUUCUUAUUGGUGUCCUUUAGUAGUGGUUUCUUUGCAGCAAUUUCACCAUGAACGCCUGACUCAGUCUCCUCUGAACAGUUGAUGUUGAGAUGUGUCUGUUACUUGAACUCUGUGAAGCAUUUAUUUGGGCUGCAAUCUGAGGCUGGUAACUCUAAUGAACUUAUCCUCUGCAGCAGAGGUAACUCUGGGUCUUCCUUUCCUGUGGCGGUCCUCAUGACAGCUAGUUUCAUCAUAGCGCUUGAUGGUUUUUGCGACUGCAUUUGAAGAAACUUUCAAAGUUCUUGAAAUUUUCCGGAUUUACUGACCUUCAUGUCUUAAAGUAAUGAUGGAGUGUCUCUCUUUGCUUAUUUGAGCUGUUCUUGCCAUAAUAUGGACUUGGUAUUUUAUCAAAUAGGACUAUCUUCUGUAUACCAACCCUACCUUGUCACGACACAACUGACUAGCUCAAACGCAUUAAGAAGGAAAGAAAUUCCACAAAUUAACAUUUUAACAAGGCACACCUGUUAAUCGAAAUGCAUUCCAGGUGACUACCUCAUGAAGCUGGUUGAGAGAAUGCCAAUAGUGUGCAAAGCUGUCAUAAAGGCGAAGGGUGGCUAUUUGAAGAAUCUCAAAUAUAAAAUAUAUUGAUUUGUUUAACACUUUUAUUUUGGUUACUACAUGAUUCCAUAUGUGUUAUUUCAUAGUUUUGAUGUCUUCACUAUUAUGCUACAAUGUAGAAAAUAGUAAAAAUACAGAAAAACCCUUGAAUGAGUAGAUGUGUCCAAACUUUUGACUGGUACUGUAUGUCAAACCUAAAUUGGUUGUCAGUUUCCCCAGAGUUAUUUUUAUUUUAUUUUUUUGUCUGCUACUGAUAACAUCCCUGCCCCUGUCUCCCUCCCUGCAGAAUGGCAGAGUACCACCUGAACCACUUCGAGUCGGCACAUGCUGCCUUCACUCAGGGACACAGCCUGGACGGUGAGGUCUGCUGAGGGGACCUGUGAAGCACAUACCACCUCGACACCUCCUCUAACCUUACCCACUUAAUCCCAAAUCGACUGCUAGCCCAUAUCCCUAGACACUUCAUGUAUAUCUAAAAGGAAAAUAUACACUGCUCAAAAAAAUAAAGGGAACACUUAAACAACACAUCCUAGAUCUGAAUGAAUUAAAUAAUCUUAUUAAAUAUGUUUUUCUUUACAUAGUUGAAUGUGCUGACAACAAAAUCACACAAAUUAUCAAUGGAAAUCAAAUGUAUCAACCCAUGGAGGUCUGGAUUUGGAGUCACCCUCAAAAUUAAAGUGGAAAACCACACUACAGGCUGAUCCAACUUUGAUGUAAUGUCCUUAAAACAAGUCAAAAUGAGGCUCAGUAGUGUGUGUGGCCUCCACGUGCCUGUAUGACCUCCCUACAACGCCUGGGCAUGUUCCUGAUGAGGUGGCGGAUGGUCUCCUGAGGGAUCUCCUCCCAGACCUGGACUAAAGCAUCCGCCAACUCCUGGACAGUCUGUGGUGCAACGUGGCGUUGGUGGAUGGAGCGAGACAUGAUGUCCCAGAUGUGCUCAAUUGGAUUCAGGUCUGGGGAACGGGCGGGCCAGUCCAUAGCAUCAAUGCCUUCCUCUUGAAGGAACUGCUGACACACUCCAGCCACAUGAGGUCUAGCAUUGUCUUGCAUUAGGAGGAACCCAGGGCCAACCGCACCAGCAUAUGGUCUCACAAGGGGUCUGAGGAUCUCAUCUCGGUACCUAAUGGCAGUCAGGCUACCUCUGGCGAGCAAAUGGAGGGCUGUGCGGCCCCCCAAAGAAAUGCCACCCCACACCAUGACUGACCCACUGCCAAACCGGUCAUGCUGGAGGAUGUUGCAGGCAGCAGAACAUUCUCCACGGCGUCUCCAGACUCUCACGUCUGUCACAUGUGCUCAGUGUGAACCUGCUUUCAUCUGUGAAGAGCACAGGGCGCCAGUGGCGAAUUUGCCAAUCUUGGUGUUCUCUGGCAAAUGCCAAACGUCCUGCACGGUGUUGGGCUGUAAGCACAACCCCCACCUGUGGACGUCGGGCCCUCAUACCACCCUCAUGGAGUCUGUUUCUGACCGUUUGAGCAGACACAUGCACAUUUGUGGCCUGCUGGAGGUCAUUUUGCAGGGCUCUGGCAGUGCUCCUCCUGCUCCUCCUUGCACAAAUGAGGAGGUAGCGGUCCUGCUGCUGGGUUGUUGCCCUCCUACAGCCUCCUCCACGUCUCCUGAUGUACUGGCCUGUCUCCUGGUAGCGCCUCCAUGCUCUGGACACUACGCUGACAGACACAGCAAACCUUCUUGCCACAGCUCGCAUUGAUGUGCCAUCCUGGAUGAGCUGCACUACCUGAGCCACUUGUGUGGGUUGUAGACUCCGUCUCAUGCUACCACGAGAGUGAAAGCACCGACAGCAUUCAAAAGUGACCAAAACAUCAGCCAGGAAGCAUAGGAACUGAGAAGUGGUCUGUGGUCACCACCUGCAAAACCAGUCCUUUAUUGGGGGUGUCUUGCUAAAUGCCUAUAAUUUCCACCUGUUGUCUAUUCCAUUUGCACAACAACAUGUGAAAUUUAUUGUCAAUCAGUGUUGCUUCCUAAGUGGACAGUUUGAUUUCACAGAAGUGUGAUUGACUUGGAGUUACAUUGUGUUGUUUAAGUGUUCCCUUUAUUUUUUUGAGCAGUGUAUUAUUUGUAUUAUAAAUAUAGUAACAGUUCUUGCCCUCUAAGUUAAGUCAGUGGUUUUCUUUUCAGAGUGGACACAAUUUUCUUUUCAACUGACAUUUUUGGGGACCCUAUUUGUUUUCGACAACAAUUUCUCACGACCCCACCCCAAAUCUAAUUACACAACCUUAAAAAUUGAUACAUUUUGUUUUUUUAUCAACCUUAAAUUCAUUACAUUUCAUAUCUUAUCAAAAUGAAGAAGAACAUACAUUUACGCCUCAAACACACCUACAGGUUUUUUUGGAUAUGUUUUUUGUAAAUGUAUUUGAAACCCCACCUCUUUAAGGAACACCUGGGAUAGGAUAAGUAAUCCUUCUACCCCCCCCCCCCCCCCCAAAAAAAAAAAAUUACGUGGUUAUCCCACUGGCUAUAAGGUGAAUGCACCAAUUUGUAAGUCGCUCUGGAUAAAAGCGUCUGCUAAAUGACGUAAAUGUAAAAAAUGUGUGCAACAAAAGUUCAACAUUCACCUUCUGCUACCAUUUCUGUCAAGCCAUUUACAGUGAGGGAAAAAAGUAUUUGAUCCCCUGCUGAUUUUGUACGUUUGCCCACUGACAAAGAAAUUAUCAGUCUAUAAUUGUAAUGGUAGGUUUAUUUGAACAGUGGGAGACAGAAUAACAACAAACAAAUCCAGAAAAACACAUGUCAAAAAGGUUAUAAAUUGAUUUGCAAUUUAAUGAGGGAAAUAAGUAUUUGACCCCUCUGCAAAACAUGACUUAGUACUUGGUGGCAAAACCCUUGUUGGCAAUCACAGAGGUCAGACGUUUCUUGUAGUUGGCCACCAGGUUUGCACACAUCUCAGGAGGGAUUUUGUCCCACUCCUCUUUGCAGAUCUUCUCCAAGUCAUUAAGGUUUCGAGGCUGACGUUUGGCAACUCAAACCUUCAGGUCCGUCCACAGAUUUUCUAUGGGAUUAAGGUCUGGAUACUGGCUAGGCCACUCCAGGACCUUAAUGUGCUUCUUCUUGAGCCACUCCUUUGUUUCUUUGGCCGUGUGUUUUGGGUCACUGUCAUGCUGGAAUACCCAUCCACGACCCAUUUUCAAUGCCCUGGCUGAGGGAAGGAGGUUCUCACCCAAGAUUUGACGGUACAUGGCCCCGUCCAUCGUCCCUUUGAUGCGGUGAAGUUGUCCUGUCCCCUUAGCAGAAAAACACCCCCAAAGCAUAAUGUUUCCACCUCCAUGUUUGACGGUGGGGAUGGUGUUCUUGGGGUCAUAGGCAGCAUUCCUCCUCCUCCAAACAAGGCGAGUUGAGUUGAUGCCAAAGAGCUCCAUUUUGGUCUCAUCUGACCACAACACUUUCACCCAGUUCUCCUCUGAAUCAUUCAGAUGUUAAUUGGCAAACUUCAGACAUGCAUGUAUAUGUGCUUUCUUGAGCAGGGGGACCUUGCGGGCGCUGCAGGAUUUCAGUCCUUCACGGCGUAGUGUGUUACCAAUUGUUUUCUUGGUGACUAUGGUCCCAGCUGCCUUGAGAUCAUUGACAAGAUCCUCCCGUGUAGUUCUGGGCUGAUUCCUCACCGUACUCAUGAUCAUUGCAACUCCACGAGGUGAGAUCUUGCAUGGAGCCCCAGGCCGAGGGAGAUUGACAGUUCUUUUGUGUUUCUUCCAUUUGCGAAUAAUCGCACCAACUGUUGUCACCUUCUCACCAACCUGCUUGGCGAUGGUCUUGUAGCCCAUUCCAGCCUUGUGUAGGUCUACAAUCAUGUCCCUGACAUCCUUGGAGAGCUCUUUGGUCUUGGCCAUGGUGGAGAGUUUGGAAUCUGAUUGAUUGCUUCUGUGGACAGGUGACUUUUAUACAGGUAACAAACUGAGAUUAGGAGUACUCCUCUCAGCUCGUUACCUGUAUAAAAGACACCUGGGAGCCAAAAAUCUUUUUGAUUGAGAGGGGGUCAAAUACUUAUUUCCCUCAUUAAGAUGCAAAUCAAUUUAUAACAUUUUUGACAUGCGUUUUUCUGGAUUUCUUUGUUAUUCUGUCUCUCACUGUUCAAAUAAACCUACCAUUAAAGUUAUAGACUGAUCAUUUCUUUGUCAGUGGGCAAACGUACAAAAUCAGCAGGGGAUCAAAUACUUUUUUCCCUCACUGUAUGCAUACAAUUUGAUGCAUAAGUUCGAUUUAUCCAAUGUAUGCACCACACAGAACGUACUGCAACGCAAUGCUGCAAGGCAAACGCAGCGUUCCAUUGGAAAUGUAUGUACUUCUGGUGUACCAAAACGCAAUGACGCUGUCGGGGUGAUCAAGGCGGUACUCAAUUAUAUAUAUUUUUUCAAAUGAUCUUUCUCAAACAUAUCUUGUCCCAUACAAUAAUCUGUACUUUUAAUUUGUACUCUUUAAAUAUUUAUUAGAUUGACCCCGACUUUUAAUACCACUGGGUUAGGUGGAAUAUUAGCCAUAUUGUUUAUACUUUCCUGUCUGAAAUCUACUGAAGUCUGUGGCUACGGGUAUGUUUGUAAUUCCUCAGUAGAGUUGUGUUGAAACUGGUUGAGAUUCUGUCUGAACGCUAACAGUGUGUUCUCCCCGUGCUCCACAGGCUCAGAUAACACUUUCCAAACAUGGAUCAAACGUUGUGAGGAGAUGAUGGGGAGUAAGUAGGAGCUGUUUUCGUACCUCAAUCGCCAUAAUGAAAAUAAGUCCCUGACUUUGUGCAAUCCCGGUCACGUUUAAAAAAAAAGUCUAUGUACUGUGUAGAUAUGUGUUUUUUCUGAACUGACAGAUAUAGUCAAUCAAUUAAUCGGACAGUGAAGCAAACAUUUUGUGAAUUUGGCUCUAUACUCCAGCAUUUUGGAUUUGAGAUCAGAUGUUUCAUGAGGCGACAGUACAGAAUGUCACCUUUUAUUUGAGGGUAUUGUCAAACGAAUGUUAUAGCGUUUAGAAAUGAAAGGACUUUAUGUAUCUAGUCCCCCCUGUUUUGAAUACUGUCUUUUUUAUUACAUUUUGACAAAUUCACUUAGUGUCGUAAAGGUGCACUAUGCAGAAAUUGCUCAGCCAUUUCCCAGUUGGUAAAAUUCUAAUAGUAUGCCUGAUUUCAGUUUGACAAAACAAACAAGUAUAGUGUAGAGAAUCAUUGUACCAUCUAAACCGCUGUGAAAUAUAUUUUCCAUAACCAAAAAUAUUGUUUUCAGCUGUUUGAAGUUAGUAUACCAAAAGUACAAAUCAAAAACGAAACUUAAGGACGUGAUGUAUAGAAAUAGUGCACAUAGAACAGAUCUACUGCCUCUUAGACGUGCUUUCAAUGAGAAUGACAAUCUAUAACUCACAUUUCUAUAUGAAUUUGGUCUGGUCGCCCAAAAAGUUACAUAUUGCAGCUUUAAAGUAGUCAAAAGUUUAGUAUUUGGGCCCAUAUUCGUAGCACGCAAUGUCUACAUCAAGCUUGUGACUCUAAACUUGUUGGAUGCAUUUGCAGGUUGUUUUUGUUGUGUUUUAGAUUAUGUUUUGCCCAAUUGGAACUGAAUAAUGUAUUGUCAUUUUGGAGUCACUUUUAUUGUAAAUAAGAAUAGAAGUUUCUGAACACUUCUUCAUUCAUGUGGAUGCUACCAUGAUUAUGGAUAAUCAUGAAUUAAUUGUGAAUAAUGAUGAGUGAGAAAGUUAGAGAUCAUACCCCUCCAAAAAUGCUAACCUCCCCUGUUAUUGUCCAAAUAAAUACGGAGUGGAGUGCAUCUCCAACCUCGAUCUAAACUCUAACCCUAUACUAGCUAAAUUCUUAAUUAGAGAAUAUGUUUGUGUGUGUGGUUGUCAUCGUCUGAGGGGUUUAAAUUGAUCACAUUAAUAAUGUAUGUCUCUCUGGGGUGGGGGGUAGGCCUCGGAUCAACCCCAGUAAACAUCCACACAGAUACACAUCCAUUGCGUGUUGGGCUCGCAUUCUAAACAGCCCAUGUGACACCCCUCUCAUGCAUACCAAAAUACAGACACACACAGAUGUAUAGUACAUCUUCAAACAGCUUCAAAACCACAUUAAAUGCACACACACUGUUGCACAAGCACACCAACACACACCUCAGUCGUCCUUUGCCAUGCCCUGGCCUUACCCUGUGAGUUCCCUCCCGUCUCUUUCAUGUGUGAAGUGACAGUGUUUACCGCUAGGCGCUUCUGCCUGACGCCCCCACACAUCAAAACAGGGUGUGCAUAUGGUGAUAUCUCACACACCCUUCUCUUCACGCCAGCCCCCCCGUUUCCCUUUUCAAACGCGACCUCAUUUAGACAACGUUAAUCUUCCGUCUCAUCCCUGGCCUCUUCCCCUUUUAUCUCCUCUCUCCUUUUCCCUCCUUCUCCCUCUCUCUCGCUAUUUAUUUUCUCCCUCUCCUGCCCUCCCUCUGCCGCCACCUCCCUCUAAUGAAAGCAGUGAAUAAUGUAACAGACAGAACUGGUAAAUACAGAUCAGGCCUGUUUAGCCUCAGUGGGUAAACAAACUGCCUCUGAGAUCUCACAGGGAGGUGUAUUUUUGUGUUUUUCUGGCCUGUUAAUGUAUGAGUAAGUGGAAACUGGCUGACUGUAGUAUACCGUUUCCUCUCCCUUGCAGUGGCCAAUCAGAAUGGAAAGGAGAACAAGGUGAGUGCUGAUGACCACUUUGGAUGUUCCUACCGUUAUUCUAUCUACAGUGGGGAGAACAAUUAUUUGAUACACUGCUGAUUUUGCAGGUUUUCCUACUUACAAAGCAUGUAGAGUUCUGUAAUUUUUAUCAUAGGUACACUUCAACUGUGAGAGACGGAAUCUAAAACAAAAAUCCAAAAAAUCGCAUUGUAUGAUUUUUAAGUAAUUAAUUUGCAUUUUAUUGCAUGACAUAAGUAUUUGAUACAUCAGAAAAGCAGAACUUAAUAUUUGUUACAGAAACCUUUGUUUGCAAUUACAGAGAUCAUACGUUUCCUGUAGGUCUUGACCAGGUUUGCAAACACUGCAGCAGGGAUUUUGGCCCACUCCUCCAUACAGACUUUCUCCAGAUCCUUCAGGUUUUGGGGCUGUCGCUGGGCAAUACGGACUUUCAGCUCUCUUUCUAUUGGGUUCAGGUCUGGAGACUGGCUAGGCCACUCCAGGACCUUUUAGAUGCUUCUUACGGAGCCACUCCUUAGUUGCCCUGGCUGUGUGUUUCGGGUCGUUGUCAUGCUGGAAGGCCCAGCCACGACCCAUCUUCAAUGCUCUUACUGAGGGAAGGAGGUUGUUGGCCAAGAUCUCGCGAUACAUGGCCCCAUCCAUCCUCCCCUCAAUACGGUGCAGUCGUCCUGUCCCCUUUGCAGAAAAGCAUCCCCAAAGAAUGUUUCCAUCUCCAUGCUUCACGGUUGGGAUGGUGUUCUUGGGGUUGUACUCAUCCUUCUUCUUCCUCCAAACACGGCGAGUGGAGUUUAGACCAAAAAGCUAUAUUUUUGUCUCAUCAGACCACAUGACCUUCUCCCAUUCCUCCUCUGGAUCAUCCAGAUGGUCAUUGGCAAACUUCAGACGGGCCUGGACAUGCGCUGGCUUGAGCAGGGGGACCUUGCGUGAGCUGCAGGAUUUUAAUCCAUGACGGCGUAGUGUGUUACUAAUGGUUUUCUUUUAGACUGUGGUCCCAGCUCUCUUCAGGUCAUUGACCACGUCCUGCCGUGUAGUUCUGGGCUGAUCCCUCACCUUCCUCAUGAUCAUUGAUGCCCCACGAGGUGAGAUCUUGCAUGGAGCCCCAGACCAAGGGUGAUUGACCGUCAUCUUGAACUUUCUAAUAAUUGCACCAACAGUUGUUGCCUUCUCACCAAGCUACUUGCCUAUUGUCCUGUUGCCCAUCCCAGCCUUGGGCAGGUCUACAAUUUUAUCCCUGAUGUCCUUACACAGCUCUCUGGUCUUGGCCAUUGUGGAGAGGUUGGAGUCUGUUUGAUUGAGUGUGUGGACAGGUGUCUUUUAUACAGGUAACGAGUUCAAACAGGUGCAGUUAAUACAGGUAAUGAGUGGAGAACAGGAGGGCUUCUUAAAGAAAAACUAACAGGUCUGUGAGAGCUGGAAUUCUUACUGGUUGGUAGGUGAUCAAAUACUUAUGUCAUGCAAUAAAAUACAAAUUAAUUACUUAAAAAUCAUACAAUGAAAUGUUCUGGAUUUUUGUUUUAGAUUCCGUCUCUCACAGUUGAAGUGUACCUAUGAUAAAAAUUACAGACCUCUACAUGCUCUGUAAGUAGGAAAACCUGCAAAAUCGGCAGUGUAUCAAAUACUUGUUCUCCCCACUGUAUGUCCACCGUAGAGAAGAUGGAAAGAGGCCUCAUCUUUAUAUCCGGGCCAUUAUGGCAUCUGUGACAGCCUCGAUGGCGCUGCCCAAGCUAUCCCCAUUUUGAGGUAGUACAUUUUCUUCACGAUUGGCUGAUCCCUCCUGAUGACCCGUUUCUCAUGACUCCAACAGGGUCACCAGGAGGGAUCGGCCAAUUAAGUUGAAGUCCCACCCAAUUCACUACAUUAAAAUGGUGGAAGCCCUCAAAGGCGCUGCCCAAUGCCAAAACAGCCGUUUGGUCACUAGAGGCCUCUAUCAUUCUCUGAUGUCCACAUACCUUAGACCACAUGUGCCAAACUAAUUCCAUUGGGGGCUGAGCAUCUGCGGGUUUUUGCUCCUCCCUUGUACUUGAUUGAUUGAAAUAUGGUCACUAAUUAGUAAGGAACUCCUUACCUGGUUGUCUGUCUUAAUUGAAAGGAAAGACCCGCAGACACUAGGCCCUCCAUGGAAAGAGUUUGAUACUCCUGCCUUAGACUGUAUACAGGUUUUUCUGGCUUUCAGUUCCACCCUCUGCCUCAUGGGGGCAGUGUUGCUCUCAGUAUUUCAGACCUUAUUUAUUAUGUCUGGUCUAAAGGCUAGAGCUAAUCAUAAACCCUCUCUUUUUUUUAUCUUGUUUUGUUUUUAAACUUUCUCUCUCUUCCUGGGAUGACUGGAUGCCCCAGCAGAAACCAACGCCACGCAUUAAGUAAGUACAGUUCAUGCUGUGGCCCUACAUAGUGCACUACUUUUGGAAUACCUAUGGCCCUGGUCAAAAGUAGUGUACUAUAUUGGGAAUAGGGGGUCAUUUGGGAUGCAUACUAUGUAUGCAGGAAGGUGGAUAACUUGUUCCUACACUUCAGGGGCAACCUGUACUAAUUGUGUAUGUCCUCAGGCAUGACUGGUACCAGACAGAGUCUCAGGUCAUCGUUACCAUCAUGGUGAAAAAUGCGCCUAAGGAUGGGGUCAACAUCAACUUCGACGAGAGACAGGUACACGCACGCACACCUCUCUCUUUCUCUCUCUCUCACACACACACACACACAGGUCAGUGUAAGAAGCUCUUGAGGAGAGAGAAUUACAGUUCUCUCUAAACUGUCAGAAGUGCUGCCAGAGUAUCAGCUGCCCAGUACUGUGGUCACUGAGGAAGCUAUCUCUAGACAUGUCUGUAUUUCUCAUCUUAUUUACACUGAACAAAAAUAUAAACGCAACAUGUAAAGUGUUGGUCCCAUGUUUCAUGAGCUGAAUUAAAAGGUCCCAGAAAUUUUUCAUACGCACAAAAAGCUUAUUUCGCUCAUAUUGUGUGCAAAAAUGAGUUUACAUCCCUGUUAGUGAGCAUUUCUCCUUUGCCAAGAUAAUCCAUCUGACUGACAGGUGUGGCAUAUCAAGAAGCUGAUUAAACAGCAUGAUCAUUACACACAGGUGCACCUUGUGCUGGCGACAAUAAAAGGCCACUUUAAAAUGUGCAGUUUUGUCACAACACAAUGCUACAGAUGUCUCAAGUUUUGUCCACCAGAGCUGUUGCCAGAUAAUUUUAUGUUAAUAUCUCUACCCUAAACCGCCUCCAACGUCGUUUUAGAGAAUUUGGCAGUACGUCCAGCCGGACUCACAACCGCAGACCACGUAUAUGGCGUCGUGUGGGUGAACAGAGUGCCCCAUGGUGGCGGUGGGGUUAUGUAUGGGCAGGCAUAAGCUACGGACAACAAACACAAUUACAUUUUAUCGAUGGCAAUUUGAAUGCACAGAGAUACCGUGAUGAGAUCCUGAGGCCCAUUGUCAUGCCAUUCAGCCGCUGCCAUCACCUCAUGUUUCAGCAGCGAUAAUGCGCAGCCCCAUGUCGCACGGAACUGUACCCAAUUCCUGAAAGCUUAAUGUCCCAGUUCCAUGGCCUGCACACUCACCAGGCAUGUCUCCCAUUGGGCAUGUUUUGGAUGCUCUGGUUUGACGUGUACGACAGCGUACACGCUAAAAACGCAAGAAAACCCUAUAUUACCAGAAUGCUAACAAUAUUAGCACAAACUAAAAGCGAAAUCACGUAGACGCUAAAUGCUAACAAGCGAAAACUAACGUAAACUAAUUGCAAAGACAGGCAAAUCAGCUCAUAAGUUAUACAAGCGAAGCUAGUGAAUGUCAUUUUCGAUGAGUGGACAUUUACAAGCGAAAGUGAUCGAGAGAAAUUGUGCAAAUGAACGAAGUUGUGAUGCGUGCUUUUCUGAAGGAAGUGCAGCAUGUGUACACGGAGAAGAAUGGAGGAGGGGGAAAAAACGCUAGUAGGAAGCACAGGGAAAAAAUUGCAACUGUACAGAUAUCUCGUCCAGAGCUCGUUGACUUCUGGCAGAAAGCCAUUUAUAAGAUAUGAUGGCAAACAUUUUAGUAGUGAAUUAAAUACAAGUGUAACUACAUCACCUCAUGUGCAAUGCACAACAGAGACUUGAUGAUAGAUAUAGAACGCUAUGGACGCUUUCUCCCGUUAUGCUAUUUACAAACAAACACGUGACUGGUUCAACUGUUCUGGGGAACUACGUUAAGCUCCAUAAUGUGACCGGUGAAAUGAACGCAAUCUGCUUUAUCUCCUAACGUAUUGCACAAGUUGACUGCAGGUAUUAACUUAAAAAGUAGCUCCAAAUAUGAAAAAUGUAUUGAGAAACAUAAUAAAUAGUUUUGACGGUAUUGAAAAACCAUCCUGUGGCUUAGUUGUUCUCUCCGCUGAGGCCCCCCUACAGUAAAGCAGCUCUCUCUGAUACACACAGAGAGAUGCCUGAUUCCAAUUCCACAUCUCGUUCCCUUCCUCUGCCCUCGCCCACUCUUUCUGUUGUUCUGAGAAUAGUAAGGGUGUUAUUAGGGGUAAUGAGAUAGCUAGGGGGCUUUUCCUCCAGAGGAGCUAUGGCAGGGAUGCUGUCAGGGGUAUCUCUCUCACACACACACACACACACUCCCUUUGGGCACAGCUAUGCCCCCAGGGGUGCCUGUAAGCUCAGAUCUAGGAACAGUUUACCCUCCCCAAGUCUAAAUCCCCAAUCGAAGAAAGCCCAACUGAUCUAAGACCAGCACUAAACCCCUCAGCGUGAAUUUGAAGAAACAGCCCCCUCUCCCCACCGCUCUAUGAGAUGGUCUGCAGUGGAGGGUGGGUGUGUGUGUGUGUGUGUGUAUAAUGUGUGUUCUAUCUGUAGAUGUCAGCGGUGCUGAAAUUUCCAUCGGGGGAGGACUUCAGCCUGAACAUGAACCUGCUGCAUCCCAUUGUCCCCCAACACAGCACCUUCAAGGUCCUCUCCACCAAGGUGACACACACACUCCAUACUCCUCAGCCUAUCAGAACUCUCAUAUCAUUUGCCUCAAGAACUGAGAAAAUGUUCCCACAGGUGAAACGUGUAUAAAACCACAGUUCUCAAGGCAUUAUGCAGCCUGGGCCCAGGAACCCUUAGAAACGUGAUUAAACACAGCAGGUUAACCAGAGAAUGACCAGACUGGAAUGUGAUAAUUAACCAUUAGUGGAGCAGAAAGACUGGGAGGAGGAGAAUCCUCUUUAAUUCAGAGCUGACUGGGUCAACACACACAAUAGAGCUCUGCCCUGUGAGAAUUAACAAGCUCUGGAGUUGUAAGUAAUUAUGGCUGAUAAUGAGUGGGAAGGGCACUUCUUAUUGUUCACAAGUUAGUGAGUAUGUAGUGUAUAGUAAUUGGUGUGUAGGCAUUUCCAUGCGCAUUCUUACUCACUUCCACUUUAUAAUGUUGGAACUGACAGAGAAGCCUGUGGUCAAUCCUUCUGAAUGUGAAAAUGGAAUAUAGUUAGUUUAUUGAUGACAAAUGACAAGCUUGAAAUGAAUAGUGUGUGUGUGUGUGUGUGUGUGUGUGUGAGACUCAUCCUGUGCGUGUACAUGUGAGAGAGGCACCAAGCUCCGCUAAUCCGUCUAGUGUGUGUGGGGAAUCUGGGGAUGGGUGCAGGCUGAUGGGGCUUGUUUAGGGCAUUAGAUGGUGCUCAGUCUAACGAGACAGCGGGACACGCCACACUCACGGCACAACAGGGGGAGGUUGACAGAGACCGAGUGAAGAGGGGAUGAUUUGGUAGCAGAGAGGAAAAGAGAUGGAGGGACACCGAGAGGGAGAAGAGGGAUAUAAUAUAGAAAGUAAGGUUGAGAAGAGAGCUUAUUCCGGAGAGUUCCUGCCAGCCAAUGCCAAAACAAGUUUCCACCCUAGAGGGAGAACGUAGCCCCUCUCCAUACUCGCAUACACUCUCACUCACAGUUCCCCAUGGCAACCUCAGGCACUGCAUACCAGAGGUGUACGUGUGUUGAAGCUCAAACAAGGACCCAGUCUUAGAAUAGGAAGAGGAGGGGCAAAGAGGGGGAGAUUACUGUCUUGGAUACACACACGCACACACAUGUUGUCAUCAGACCUGGGUUCAAAUACAUGUUUAUUUGUUAUUUAAAUACUUGUGUAUUUGAGUAUAUUCAGAUAAUGUGGCCCGACUCAACUACUUCUAUUGGAAGUAUUUUAAAAUAAUUUCCUAUACAUAGCCUACUGUUUGAAAGUAUUUUCAAAUACUUUUUUCAAAUGCCUGGGUUAUAUGCAUGGGAGUGUAUUUGAGCAUUUUAAAAUUCUUUGCAAAUACAUUCCAAUAUUCAACUACUUGUCUUUUCAAAAGUUUGUCAUACGCACUGCGUACAUGCACACAAACGUAAUGUAGCAUAAUCCACACACUCACACAAGGAGUCAGUCUUAAAGGAAGAGAAAGGGGGGGGGGGUGAGAGAGGAGGGGGUUAAGAGGGGGAUGGAGAGAGGAGAGUUUAGGCCCCCUCCACUCACACAAAGCCCUGUUUGUUCCCUGGUCCACAGGGCUCCAAAGGCUCUCAUGGCCCUACACACACAUGCAUACAAAACACAAACCAACUCACAAAGAUGGGGAAUUUACAUUUACAUUUUAGUCAUUUAGCAGACGCUCUUAUCCAGAGCGACUUACAGUUAGUGAGUGCAUACAUUUUCAUACUGGCCCCCCGUGGGAAACAAACACAUGUAAAACACACUGUCACUUACUGUAUAUGUACAGUACCAGUCAAGAGUUUGGACACCUACUCAUUCAAGGGUUUUUAUUUAUUUUUACAGUUUUCUACAUUGUAGAAUAAUAGUGAAGACAUCAAAACUAUGAAAUAACACAUAUGAAAACGUGUUAAACAAAUCAAUGUUAUAUUUGAGAUUAUUCAAAUAGCCACCCUUUGCCUUGAUGACAGCUUUGCACACUCUUGGCAUUCUCUCAACCAGCUUCACCUGGAAUGAUUUUCCAACAGUCUUGAAGGAGUUCCCACAUAUGCUGAGCACUUGUUGGCUGCUUUUCCUUCACUCUGCCGUCCGACUCAUUCCCAAACCAUCUCAAUUGGGUUGUGGUCGGGGGAUUGUGGAGGCCAGGUCAUCUGAUGCAGCAUUCCAUCACUCUCCUUCUUGGUCAAAUAGCCCUUACACAGCCUGGAGGUGUGUUGGGUCAUUGUCCUGUUGAAAAACAAAUGAUAGUCCCAUUAAGCCCAAACCAGAUGGGAUGGCGUAUCGCUGUAGAAUGCUGAGGUAGCCAUGCUGGUUAAGUGUACCUUGAAUUCUAAAUAAAUCACAGACCGUGUCACCAGCAAAGCACCAUAACUCCACCUCCUCCAUGCUUUACGGCGUGAAAUACACAUGCAGAGUUAAUCCAUUCACCCACACCGCGUCUCACAAAGACACAGCGGUUGGAACCAAAAAUCUCCAAUUUGGACUCCAAAUUUCCACCGGUCUCAUGUCCAUUGCUCGUGUUUCUUGGCCCAAGCACGUCUCUUCUUAUUGGUGUCCUUUAGUAGUGGUUGCUUUGCAACAAUUUGUCCGUGAAGGCCUGAUUUACACAGUCCCCUCUGAACUGUUGAUGUGUUCACUACUUGAACUCUGAAGCAUUUAUUUGGGCUGCAAUUUCUGAGGCUGAUAACUCUAAUGAACUUAUCCUCUGCAGCAGAGGUAACUGUCUUUAUUCCUGUCGCGGUCCUCAUGAGAGCCAGUUCCAUCAUAGCGCUUGAUGGUUUUUGUGACUGCACUUGAAGAAACUUUCCGGAUUGACUGACCUUCAUUUCUUAAAGUAAUGAUGGACUGUCAUUUCUCUUUGCUUAUUUGAGCUGGUCAUUAUUUAUUUUUAUGUUUUUUAGCUGUUCUUGCCAUAAUAUGGACUUGGUAUUUUACCAAAUAGGGCUAUCUUCUGUAUAUCCCCCCUAAAGUUAAUUCCACAAAUUAACUUUUAACAAGGCACACCUGUUUAAUUGAAAUGCAAUCCAGGUCACUACCUCAUGAAGCUGGUUGAGAGAAUGCCAAGAGUGUGCAAAGCUGUCAUCAAGGCAAAGGGUGGCUAUUUGAACAAUCUCAAAUAUAUAAUAUUUUGAUUUGUUUAACACUUUUUUUUUUUUGGUUACUACAUGAUUCCAUAUGUGUUAUUUCAUAGUUUUGAUGUCUUCACUAUUAUUCUACAAUGUAGAAAAUAGUAAAUAUAAAGAAAAACCCUUGAAUGAGUAGGUGUCCAAACUUUUGACUGGUACUGUAUAUACACUGUUUCUUAUACACAGUAUAAGAAAGGACAAAUGCAUUCGCGCGCAAACACAACAUGCGAUGGUUGCAUUCCUUUCUGCUAGGCACACUGAGAAACUUUGGCUGAUCUCUGAACAGGUGAACUGUGUCUGUGUGUGUACACAGAAGAGACCCAGCGUAAACCUGUCCCUAACUAAGUGCUCUCUGUGUGAGUCCAAGGGCUUUGCUGUAGUCAAAUUAAUGACACCAACUGCAGUACUCACUGUGUUUUUCCUUUCCCAAUGGUUUACUUUCACUGCUUUCUUUAGAGGAGGCUUAGGAAGGGAUACUAGGCUACACUAUGCACAGUUGCUGUCUUCACAUCAUCUUGGUAAAGCUUGGUCCUGUAUAUGUGUGCAUUAUAAGUGUACGGGUUAUUAGUGUGUGUGUCUCGCGCACACACACUCAUCAGUGCAACCCUCGCUGACCACCUCCCGUCGUCGGCUAUGAGAGAUUCUAACCCGUGGGGUCGUCAUGACAACAGGGAGCCAAUUACACACCAGAGUGUUUGAUCAGAACGGAAGGGUAAACACACGUACACAUGCACAUGCUCAGCUCCAAACUCAUCUCGUCUCUGUGAAUAGAUAACAUACAGCCGCCCUCUGUAAUUUCCAUGCCUGUCAGCCUCCCUCGCCAGACUGUUCCUAUUUUUAUUUAUUUAUUUGUCUGUUAAGUUGCUUUUUAAAAUCUUCUCCGCUGUAAUCUAAAGUAGGGGCUAUUUUGUGAAGGGCUGAGAUGGGAGACUCUUUGUAUGUGGAUUUGUGUGUGUGUGUGUGUGUGUGUGUGCGUACGUGUACUUGUGUAAGACCGGGACGGGUGUGUGUAGGGCAGGGGGGACUUCGGUAGGGGUAAGAGCACGUGGGACUGGUGACAUGGGACUCAACUCCCCCUCUUGAGAGACUGACAGGCGUGUGUGUGUUGCUCAGUAUGGCCCCUGGGAGCUGUGGGUGGUGGUCCUGUAUGUGACUGUGCUGUCACAUCCCUUUAAGACUCAGCACCUCGCCUGCCACAUCCCUUUAACACGCAGAGACACAGAUGUGGCAGCAGAUUAAUGUUGUAUAGGCCCCCCCAGCGCACACACUGCAUGGGCACAGACUGCACCAGUUAUCACCACACACACACUCACAGUGCACAUAAGAGCUUAAAACCCUCCCCGCCACUGCAAGGGGUCUGUGUCUCUGCCUUUUCACCCAGCCCAUUCCCCUACACUGUACUCUAAGGUUGACUAGGUCGGUGUCUGCAGACAGAUGUUGGUGAUGGUUGUAAAUAUACAAUGAAGAAUAUUGAAGGUCAAUGUGAAGAGGGGUUCCAUGUGAACAUCAGUUGAGCAGGGGCCCAUGGUUGAGCAUUCAGUCCUAAGAUUUGAGCUGUUUAGUCUUGGGUUAGUUUAGAGCUCAUCUAUUAGCCCCUGUAAUCUGUGCUUGUGUGUGAGUGUGUGCAAGCGUCUCUUGAUGCUCUGGCGUCUGCUCCUGACACCUUCAUGAAUGAAACAUUCCUUCGCUCAGCGGAGCAGAAUUUUUCUUUAAUUGCGUCGACAUGCCUGCGCAUCCCCCACGCUAUAACUCUAUCAAACUUUGUCUCUAAACACAUACGUGGGCUCCCGAGUGGUGCAGUGGUCUAAGGCACUGCAUCUCAGUGCUUGAGGCAUCACUACAGACCCCCUGGUUUGAUUCCAGGCUGUAUCACAACCGGCCGUGAUUGGGAGUCCCAUAGGGCGGCGCGCAAUUGGCCCAGCGUCGUCCGGGUUUGGCCGGUAAGGCCGUCAUUGUACAUAAGAAUUUGUUCUUAACUGACUUGCCUAGUUAAAUAAAAAAAAAAAGACAUACACUCUCUGCUCACUCACACACUUAAAUACAUACAAACUUACACACACACACCCAAGAUGACGGGGGUACUGGAGCACUGGGCAGCUUGCGUGUCCCACUGGUAUGGGGCCUGUCACUGCAGCUCACGUGCGUGUGGUGGCGGCUGUCUUCGCUCUGCUCGUCUCCUCUCCUCCGAUGUAAUGAUCUGUCCAGAAAUGUGUGUUCCUGCCACUGGUCGACAGACAGACAGCUCUCACCCACACAUACAUGCGUACGCUGAUCUGAUCACACACUAUCCGGCCCCUCAAGCUGACAGAUGUCUCGUUAGCACUCUGUCUGUCAGGAAGAUGUGGGAGUGAGCUGUGCCCCCGCAUAUCACUGUCUCUCUCUGCUGUGAGCUGAUCACACCACUAAAAGAGAGUUCUGAGCUACCGUCUUCUGAUCUUAUGUGUUGAGCCCUAUAUAGAAGUAACGAUAACUAAAGACAUAUUGGCUUCGCUCUCUCUCUCCUUGCUCUCCACGCCCUCUCUUCCUCCUCUCUCUCGCUCUUCCUCACUCUCUCCCCCCUCUCUCUCUUCCCCCCUCUUUCUCUCUUUCUCAACCACACUUCCUCAUCCCCCUCUCUUUCUCUCUCUCCUCGCUCUGUUCCCCCUCUUUUUCUCAGGUGGAGAUCAAAAUGAAGAAGACUGAGGGGAUCAGGUGGGAGAAACUGGAGGGUGAAGGUCAGGAGCCCAACGUCAAACACUUCACCCCCAGUGAGUACUUCUCUAUCUCUCACACACACACACACACACACACACAGUUUCCUCUGCUCUCUCUCCUUUACACAUAUACCAGUCAGUACUGAUACAUUUCAUACCACUAAAUACAUUUAACAAUAUUUUUUACAGCAUUGGUUUUUACUACUGAAAGCCCUCUCUCCUGUGUUGACCAGUACCCAUGGUAACCCUCUCUCCCUCUAAACGUGUGUUCCUGUUCAGACCAGUACCCAUCAUCGUCCCACUCCAGCCGUAACUGGGACAAGGUGGUGGGCGACAUUAGUGAGGAGGAGAAGAAGGAGAAGCUGGAGGGAGACGCAGCGCUCAACAACCUCUUCCAACAGAUCUACUGUGACGGCACCGACGAGGUCAAACGGGCCAUGAACAAGUCCUUUGUGAGUGUAUAUAUUCACACACAGAGAGAAACUGAGAAAAACAUUGUUUUUUUGGCCAGUAUCACUGACUUACUCUCCUCCCCCUGUAGAUGGAGUCAGGUGGUACAGUCCUGAGCACCAACUGGACGGACGUGGGGAAGAGAACGGUGGAGAUGAGCCCCCCAGACGACGUGGAGUUUAAGAAAUACUGAAGAACCAGAGGGGUGUCUCUCUCUCUGUACUACACUGUCCUACACUCCCCCUCUCUGCCUCAAUUGGACCGCCCCAUAUCUCCUCUCCUCCAACUUCCCCUCCUGUCAAUAUUUUGCUUUCUCCCGGCCAAGUCUCUCGUUCUCUUUGCCUCCGAUGGACAUGUCCAACCUAUUAGCCAAAACCAACCUCUUCCUCCUCUAACGCCUCCCCCUUCCAGUCCGUCUGUCAAUAUCGUUUUUUAGAGCUUUGGUGAUUCUCAGCAGCAGUCCAGGAACCACUAUUUACCAUCUCUCAUUAAACCAUUCUCACACUCUAUGAACAGUGUCAUAGAUAUGUAUCUGUCUUUCCUAGAUAUCAUAGAAACAGUAGGAAUCAUCUGAAUGGUCAGUUUCUGUCUAUUUGAUGGUUAACCUGGUUAAAGGGAGUGAUGGGUUGAAACAGAUCCCUGGACUGAAGGGGUCGAGAAACCCUUUCCACCUCUUCCUGUGUCAGUAAUGGCCGGUUCUUGUUUUCAAAGCCUGUCUUUUAUGGGACCUCCCUUUUAUGAAAAAUUCACAACUAUUUUUUUUCCUGUACACUGGUAUUAGAAAAAAAUCAUUUUCCACAUCAGCAGCAAUACAGUCAUGAAAUGGAAGUCUGGAAUCUUAAUUUCGUUUUCCUCAAUGUGAUUCAAACUUCAAUGUAAAUAAAUGAUUUAUUUUCUGGAUCACCA